ACCAGAAGACUCAUCCUCCUCAAGGAAAUGGCAAUAUAUUCAACUUUAACUGAUGCUAUGAGCUCCAAAGUAUACGAUUUGGUACCAAAUUCUCUUACCGCCAAAAGUUUAAUCAGUUCUGGCAGUGCCAAUUCAAACUACAAACGACGUAAAAGCAAGAGCAAUUCAGUCUACAUCUCUAAUGAUCAUAUCCACUUGCGUUCCCUUACUGAAGAAAAAACUAAAAAAGAGUUCUUAUCUUCUUUUCAACUAGCUGCAAAAUUGUAUAAAUCUAAUUCUGAUGAAUUCAAAACGGCGAAGAAAAUGAGUAAGAAGAGCAACAAGAAGUCUGUGUUGACGCUUCCCAAUGAGCCAGCUCUACAGCCUCAGUCUUGCACUGUAAGCGAUAUGAACGAUAGCGAAUAUUUCAAACGUAAUCGCAAACCUAACGCACAAAAGACGAAAAAACGCCUGCCUCGGAAGAAAAAUCCCAAGCAACCAGAUUACAACUGUGAAUAUUAUGAUAGAGAAGCAGACUACUGCUCCCAAAUGAACGUAUUCCUAGAUUGUAGUUCUGUAGAUGUCUGUAGAUGUAAGGAUUUUAAAGGCGACUGCCGGAGACAUUCAAGAGAUUCUUAUAAUUCCAAAACUGAAACCAAUGCACCGACUGCAUCUGAUGUUUGGUCUGUGUUGAGGAAUAUGAAUAGAUUUCCAUUUUAUUCAUCUCCACCUAUGUCUGAUGACAGCAACUACGAGAUAAAGCCGAGAAACAUAGUCCAGAAGAAACUUAAUAGAGGCAUUUAUGAGACGUGCCGAACUGAGCAGAUUUAUAUCCAGACUGAGCUUAAUGUUCCUAGAGAUGGCAGUAUUUCCGGGUCUUCUCAGGUAACCGUGAUCGACAAAAAUGAUGAACCCGAACAAUUUUGCAAAAAAGUGGAAAUUACAUCUUUUGAACAGAAUGUACCACUGGUUAACGCAAACAAUAAGAAGCAAGGUUCGCAAAUGACUAAUAAUAACAGAAAACGUAUAAAUUCAAACCUUAAAUUUAGAACAAAGAAAAAUUCCGCUAGCAACGAUACGAUCAUUGACCAAAAAUCUAAACUAUCUGAAGUAUCGAUGAAGCCAGAUCAGACAUUAAAUAGAGGUGAUGGCAGCUUUAAAGAAUCACAGACAAAACCUAUUUGUACGACAGUUCAAGUCCAAACCGAGACGGAUAGUGAUAACAAAAAAGAUGAUAAACCCCAAAUAAAUCCGAACGCUCAUGUACAUAAUCCUGUUAGCAAUACCGCGACUAUGAGCGGUGAUAUACCGAAACAAAUGAUGAACAGUCGUCUAAACAUGAGAGAGCCUCUCCGACGUCCUUUACCAAGGCCGGUACCCUGGACUAGCACUCAACCGCGUCAAAAUAUCCCACCGGAACGCUCCUUAACAAAUGCUUCUUCUAAAGUUAUACUCAGUCCACUACAUGUUGGCUUGAUGUUUUCCAAACUACAAGACAGCCCUAGAGUCCCUGACCAGGCCACAGCGGAUCCAAUGCAACCGUUAACUAAAACCGCCAUACGCAGAAUUAUAGCCAAAAUCAAAUUCCCAUUAGUUAUUUUGGAAAAAGAUCAAGUCAGUGGCACAUUUGAAGUAGAACAUUACGAUAACCUACAAUUCAGAGGAUUAGAUGAGCAUGUGUGGCCUUUCAUGGUCAAUUGGACGGAGAAACCUAAAUCACUUGGAAUUGAAACGGCGGCGCAAUCUAAAAAGCAAAUUUUCAAGGACAAAGUGCCCAUUUUAACAAACAUUGAUUGUACAAUUCGCAACAAAAAGAAACAGAUGGGUUCAACUCUCAGUAACGUUGAAUCUAAACAGAGUAGUGCCGCCAAAACAAAACCAGCAUCCCGAUUCCGAGACAACAUAUUGAAGCUUUUGUAUAAGAAGACUACUAAUCAAAAUAUGGGUAAUGAUAUCUUACCUACACGUGUCCAGCGGGACGUGAAUGUGAACCCGUUGCCAAUCAAAAGCACUGACGUUAGUUCAAGCACAUGUAAGACAUUGAGAGGAGUCACCAGCAGUAGCUACAUAGCAAAAUCUCGAGCAAGGACAGUACAGGAUGUACCUCGAGCGAGGACUCCACCUCAAACGAGGAGUCCCCCUCAAACGAGGAGUACCCCUCAAACGAGAAGUUCCCCUCAAACGAGAAGUUCCCCUCAAACGAGAAGUCGCUCUCAAACGCCAAGUCCCCCUCGAGUGAGGAGUCCACCUCGAGUGAGGAGUCCACCUCGAGCGAGGAGUCCACCUCAAACGAGAAGUCCCCCUCGAGUGAGGAGUCCAGUGAGAAAGGAAAAACCAAGUUUUUCAACAUCACUCCCGCCGCCGACAUCACCGUCCCAAAUUUUGAUACCCCCGAAGAAACGUGAAGCCAAGAGAAUAUGGGGUAAAGCCAAAUGGGCGAGUGAUUUCAUUGAAAAUGUUAUUACUAAGAUUAAAUGUGGCAUCUAUUAUACUAGCGAACCGCAAACGAAGAAUUUAAAUUUGAAAAAACCUCCUCAGAAUCGCACAAGCGAAAAACCUCCUCAGAAUCUCACAAGCGAUACCAGUGACUUAAACAAUAAUGCAAAUAAGGAAGUGUCCAUUCAGGUGACCAUGCCCAUAAUUACAGAAGAUUUCACACCAAAAGUCACUAUACAAAAGAAAAAGGAACUUAUUAUAAUGUUGCCUGGAUUUGAUGAUGCUAUGCCGCCACUGGAAAUAAAAUCUAUGACUCGGAACUUAAUCGCAGUGAAGCAUUGCAUUAUGAAUGUUUUGCUACAAUUUGACGUGAACGUACCAGAAGCUAACAAAAGCGGUCUCGCCAUCAAGCGUUCUAUUUCUUGCAUACCUCUCUCUGCAACAGAGAGUAGAACCACAGUAUUUAAAUGCAAAACUAGAAUCCUUAAUGCUGCAUUGCCUGCUGAACUUUGCAGCAUUAUACCGAGGUUGAUGACGCAAUUUCAGUCAACACCCCUAAUAUUACAAGAACCAAAGAGAAAUGCAUCUCUAAGCACCAUAUCUGAAUACACGACGAUCUCUGACAUCCAGGAGUCAAGCAUAUUUCCAUUGUUGCCUCAAAUAAGAAUGUCUCCAGCGCUGAUGAGAUUAAGGAACGGGAGAUUCUGGAAAAAUCCAAAGUCAAUGUUACAAGUCAAUACAAAUUCUCUCUCGGAGUAUUUACCUACCAUCAAGAUGCAAACCUGUAAUAAUGUUGUCUACGUGAACUUGGCUAUUGGCAACCAUCAGGGAAUAGGUGUUUUUUUGUGCAUCGACAUUACAAAUUUUAAAAUUGUAACUCCGACAAUGUCAUCCACCGCUAAUAUUAUGAAAUAUGAACGUCCCGAGAAACAAAUUGAAUACAUAAAACUUGCGAAGAUAAGAGAAUCUAACAGCACAGAAACAAGAAAACCAGUGCCAAAUGUAUCAAUUAGAAAGAAAGGUCACGUGAGAUACGUACAACUUUAUAAGAAAUGCAAAUCCACUUCGCACAUUGUAGUGGAACGAAGGAGCACGCCUUUGAGUAAAGUGACGAAUUUGGACGAAUUCUUUCAAGCAAUGGGCGCGGGGAAACUGCUAUCCAGUGUUUUUGAUGGCAGUUGUGGGAAGAAAAUUCUGGCGCUCGUUUCAGACUUGAAAACUUACAUUUCGGGAAUAACACCGAGGCAAGCUUUAUUAGUCAUGUUACUGGCAAACAAAAAAGAAACGUUAAAUUUAAUAAGAUUUCGGCCCGUAAUACUGCAGGGAAUAGCGGUUAAUAGGAUAACACGUGCUAGCGAUCUGGAUAUGGAAGUCGAGGUCAUUGAAAAGGAGAAGUUCAAUAGGACGAUGGAGUAUCCUGGCGUGCCUCCCUUAUUAGAAAGUAAAGGAAAUAACGAUAAUCUUUUGGAAGAAUUGAUUUGGAUAGCGAAAACUACUGCAUCGGAUUAUCAGAGACAGUUCGACGGAUCCUCUGAGAAACUGCUAAAGACCCUAUUAGAGAAAAGAAAGAGGUUGAACCCAUCGUACUUGCGAGUGAUGGCGCGCUACGUGGGCCUCGGGCUUCUGAAAACUCAAGUGAACCGCUAACCUCUGAACCUGAGCAGUUUGGAAUUUGCUUUUCUUUGAAAUUGUGAACGUUUGUUUCGUCAUGUAAAUUAUCUUGUGG